AUGCAUUUCCUCGCCACCGUCGCCUCUCUGGCCUCCGUCGCCAUGGCCGCCUCCGCCACCGGCCCAGCCUGCUCGGCAACCACCUCCAACGUCCAGCUGGCCAACAAGAUCGUCGCCGAGGCCGCCACGGACAUCGACGCCGCCCUCAGCCUCGCCGCCGGCUUCAAGUGCCCGGCCCCCAUGGCCUACAGCCCCUGGACCAAGGCCUGCUCGUGCCUCCCCGGCCAAAACUACGACGCCAACAGCAAGGCCUGCUCCGGCUCGGCCCUCGUCGGCGCCUGGCCCAUGCCCAAGUGCUCCGCCUCGGGCUCGACCGUCGCCCUCAGCGCCUUCUGCGCCAUCUCGCCCACAAAGUUCACAAAGUACGACGCCACCCACGCCUGGUGCCAGGCCACCAUCGAGACCUUCACCUUCUGCGCCGAGGCCGAGAUCGAGGCCGAGAUUGCCGCCCUGGGUCUUGGUAUUAACCUCGACGUCGAGCUCGACAUCUCCCUGACCUCCAAGAUCAGCGCCACCCUCCGCAGCACCUCCGCCGCCCUCGCCUCCCUCUUCGUCGAGACCCUCGCCGAGGCCGUCGUCAUCUUCAACACAAACGUCUUCGGCCUCGUUGCUGUCGCCGCCGACGUCGAGGUGUCCCUGACCGCCGGCAUCUUCGCCCAGCUCAAGUCCACCGCCUGCCUGCUCGGCCUCGGAACCUGUCAGUUCGACUGCAUCUCCUUCAGCACCAAGGGUUGCCACAACUACAUUGACGUUGUCGGUGCUCUCGGUGGCCGCAUCUCCGGCCUCGUCGGCGUCACCAUCCUCUCCGACACCAUCCUCUCUAUCAGCUCCACCAAGGUUGUCAGCACCCUUGUCGUCAAGGACAUGCUGUGCGCCAGCCUCAAGCUCAACACUCCUCUCAUUACCGAGUACAAGUACACUUGCUAA